AUGACAGCCGCCUCGGGCGACCCCUUUGGCCAGAUCUUGAAGGACCUGGUCCUCAUCGCCAUCAGCCUCGCCUUCUUGCCUUUGACUACCGCUCUACUCUUCUUCAGUUAUGCGUGGCAGCGACUGCGUCCCAGUUGGGCACACGAACCCGCCGGUGCCGCCGGCGCCGGCGCCGCUACAGACCAGCAGCAGCAGUGCCGCACCAUCCUCAUUACCGGCGUCGGUAUGACAAAGGGCCUCGCGCUCGCACGACUGUUCCACCAAGCCGGCCAUCGUGUUGUGGGAGCCGACUUCUCGCCCUACGCCUGCGGCAGCAGGUCCCGCGCCCUCGCCGUCUACCACGUCCUCCAGAAACCCGGCCGAGCAGGAGGAGGCGCCGACCCAUACCUGGACUCGGUGCUAAGGAUCGUCGAGCGGGAAAAGGUCGACCUCUGGGUCAGCUGCUCGGGCGUCGGCUCCGCCGUCGAGGACGGGAUCGUCAAGGAGGUCAUUGAGGCCCGCACGCGCUGCAGGGCCGUACAGUUCGAUGUCGCGCGCACCAGAAUCCUGCACGAGAAGGACGCGUUCAUGGACCACACGCGGGAGACGGGCCUGCGCGUGCCCGAGUCGUAUCUUGUCACGAGCCGCAACGAGAUGUUCGCCGCGCUCGAGGAGGCCGCGGGCUUGUCGUACGACGCCGAGAAGGAGGCCUCCAAGCCCCAAAAGGAGAGGAAGCCGCGCUUCAUUGCGAAAUCAGUGGGCGUCAACGACAGGGGCCGUGGCGACAUGACGCUGCUGCCGCUGCCGACGGAGAAGCAGACGUACGACCACGUUUACCGCCUCGAGUGGUUGGGCCUCUCGGACAAGGAGCCCUGGCUGCUGCAGGAGUUUAUCGACGGCCACGAGUUCUGCACGCACUCCCUCGUGGUGCGCGGCGAGGUGAGGGCGUUUGUUGCGUGCCGCUCGGCGGAGCUGCUGAUGCACUACGUCGCGCUACCGGCCGAGUCGUCGCUGUCGCAGGCGAUGCUCGACUUCACGAGGAAGCAGGCCGCGUCGUUUGGGGAGGGGUUCACGGGGCACCUGAGCUUCGACUUCAUGGUGAGCGACACGGAUGUCGCCAUGGCUAAUGUCAGCAAGCCUGAACAGCUGAAGCUGUAUCCGAUCGAGUGUAACCCAAGGGCACACACCGCCGUCGCGCUGUUUGGAGAUACGCCGGAUCUGGUGGAGCAGUAUUUGAGCGUCCUCGAUGAACCGAUGACUUCCAGAGGAGGCUCGGAGACGGACGUGGUGACGCCCAGGCGGCCGGCCAAGUACUACUGGAUCGGUCACGACCUCUUCACGCUGCUCCUGAUACCCACGGCGAGGAUUCUGCUCUUCCGAAUGUCGAUUCCGGCGUACGGGCGGUCUCUGAGGGCCUUUCUCGAGCACGUCCUGUUCUGGAAGGACGGCACCUUUGAACUAGCGGAUCCGUUGCCGGCGUGGUGGCUCUAUCACGUCUACUGGCCUAUGACUUUCUGGGACUGCAUCGUCAAUAGGAGGAGCUGGAGUCGGAUUAACGUGAGCACAACGAAGAUGUUUGAGUGCGAUUGA